GACGAUGUCGACGAUGGCCCCCCAAGGCGACGAUGGUGACGAUGACGACGAUGGCGAUGACGGUGAAGACGACGACGAUGGCAAUGCACAAAAAAUCAAAGAUGGAGAAGACGGCGACGACGGCCAAGGCGAUGGCAACAACCGCGAAGACGACGAAGACAAUGACGACGACGACGACGACGACGACGAUGAUGGCAACGAUUGGCGGUGGGUUGUGGGAUGCAGAAUGCGCACAGAAGGCGGCGACUUGUGGGAGCAGUAAUGCACACAGAACGUGGCGAACCCGCCGCAAGGCAGGGAUUGUCGAAGAUGGCGAACCCGCCGCGACGACUACCUUUGUUCCGCAGAGAAGAGCAAGCGCGGAGAGGAGGCAGGAGCAGGUGAAGGCGAGACGACGAGACGGCGAGACGCGAGACGGUGAGACGGCGAGUGUAAAUCGGGCGUCUGGAGUCCAAUUGUGCAUUUGGCAAGGACGCCCGCAUCCUUAUAAAUAUGUGUGACGCAGGGUGGAUGGCGAGGAAGGAUCACUAUCCAGUCGUUCAAUGACAAUUCCAUCGCCUCCGUCAAUACGAUGGUGUCAUAGGGGUCAUCGCUCACGGCCAAACGAAAGGCGAAGGGUCGCGGGGUAGGCGGGUGUGCAUCUGUCACCCCACCAGCCUCUUCUCGCCACCCUUGCUGAAUUCAGGAGAGGGAAGGCCCCCGCGAGCCACCAUGACAUGACAGCAACCGCGAAGCCACAACACGGUUGUCGAGUGCAUCGGCUCCCGCCUUUUUCGCAAAGGCGGGAGCCCUCCCGGCCAUGUCACGCAGGAGUAAAACAAAACAAAAUCACCAAG